AUGGAGUGGGAUCCAACGCAGUUCUUCCGCGCCGACGACCCUCCCACGCCGUUCGCGCUGGUCGUUCUUAACCAACCAAUAAACGAGAAGGCGUUUGCGGUGCUGAAGGGACACGCAUGCAUCACGGUCUGCGCAGACGGCGGCGCAAAUCACUACUAUGAUCUGAUGAAAAGGCAAGGCCGGGAGGCUUUGGAUCUUCCUUCUCUCAUAAUCGGCGAUCUGGACUCCAUCUCACCAGACGUGAGAAGCCAUUACACGGACCUAGGCGUGUCCGUCAUCGAAGACAGAGAUCAGUACUCGACUGACUUCACGAAAUGUCUGAACUAUCUGCGCUCGCAUGCCCACGAGAUUGUUGGUCGGGGGUCGGACACUACCACUAGCACCGCGAUCGCCCCUUCUAGUGAAAGCACAGGGCCAGGGUCAAGGACAACCCCAGUCCUGAAUACCCUCAUCCUAGGCGGUCUAGGAGGGCGAGUAGACCAGGCGUUCUCGCAAAUCCACCAUCUGUACACGAUGACGCAGGAGAUGCAACAUCAACAGCAGCAGGGACCUACGCAAGAAGAACACGAAAAACAAGAAGAAGGCAAUCUAUACCUCAUCUCCGAAGAAAGUAUCACGUUCAUCUUACGACCAGGAAAGAAUGUGAUUCGCACGCCGGGGACGAAUCGUCCUUUACCUCCUUCUACCACCUCUACCACCACCAUAGGUGGCGGUGCAGCAGCAGCAGCAGCUACACCCUCAUCUUCAUCCCUAAUACCCAGCGAACGACCCUUAAACGAAGGAGAGAACCACUUGCUAGAAGAAAACGUCGGCAUAAUUCCCCUCUCCGGGCCCGCGCGGAUCACCACCUCCGGGCUCCAAUGGGACGUGACGGACUGGGCGACCGAGAUCGGGGGACAGUUGAGCACGAGCAACCAUAUCCGGGCGGACGUGGUGGAGGUGGAGAGUCAAGUGCCGGUGUUGUUUACGGUGGAGUUGGCGAGGAGGUUUAAGAGGACGAGGUAA